AUGACCAUCUCCUACACACUGAAAGUCGCCAACUCCCGUUUUGGAGGUUUCUCCAAGCUGCUCUUCCACUGGAAAGGCAGCAUCUACAAGCUGCUGUACAAGGAGUUCGUCGUCUUCAUGGCGCUGUACGCUGUGCUCAGCCUUGUCUACCGGCGGCUGCUGACUGAGGAGCAGAAGCGCCUCUAUACCAAAGUGGCUCAGUACUGCAACCGCUCCACGGACCUCAUUCCUAUGUCAUUCGUCCUAGGUUUUUAUGUUACUCUGAUCGUGAACUGGUGGUGGGCCCAGUACACCAGCAUCCCCCUGCCCGAUCAGCUCAUGUGCGUCAUCUCUAGCAAUGUCCACGGCAAGGAUGAGAGGGGCCGGAUCCUGCGGCGCACCCUCAUCCGUUAUGCCAACCUGUCAGCGGUCCUCAUUCUGCGCUCCAUCAGCACCAGGGUGCUCAAGCGCUUCCCCACCAUGGACCACGUGGUGGAAGCGGGCUUCAUGACGCAGGACGAGCACAAGAAGUUCGAGAGCCUACACUCUGACUUCAACAAGUACUGGAUCCCCUGCGUGUGGUUCACCAACCUGGCGGCCCAGGCCAGGCGGGACGGCCGCAUCCGUGACGACGUGGCCCUCCGCCUGCUCAUGGACGAGCUGAAUCUCUACCAGGCCAAGUGCAGCAUGUUGUUCCAUUACGACUGGAUCAGCAUCCCCCUGGUGUACACACAGGUGGUCACCAUCGCUGUCUACUCCUUCUUCACCUUCUGCCUCAUUGGGCGGCAGUUCCUGGAGCCGCUGGAGCCAGGGCAGGAGGGGCACCUGGACAUGUAUGUCCCUCUCUCUACCCUCCUCCAGUUCUUCUACGCCGGCUGGCUGAAGGUUGCAGAGCAGAUCAUUAACCCUUUUGGAGAAGAUGACGAUGACUUUGAGACCAACAAGCUGAUAGACAGGAACCUGCAGGUGUCCCUGCUUUCUGUGGAUGACAUGUACCAGAACCUGCCCCCUGCAGUGAAGGACAAAUACUGGAAUGAGUCCACGGCUCAGCCCCCCUACACUAUGGCCACAGCCUCUGAGACCUUGAAGCCCUCGUUCCUGGGCUCCACCUUUGACAUGUGUGUGUGCGAGGAUGCAGAGCAGAGCCAGAUGGUGGAGGCCUCGCCAAGUGUGCCAUGCAUCCAGACACCCCUGCUCAGCCGCUUCUUCGCUGCCGCAUCCCCUGCCAUCAGCAUCAAGAACUUCAGCCGGGGUAGCCGAGCCCACUCCCAUGUGUGGCGUCCGCAGACAGACGGUGGCUUCCCCUCCCCUUACCCCAAAUGCUCUGAGGACCCCGAGUUGGUGGCCCGCAUCGAGGAGGAAGAGACGGAGGAUGAAGCGAGCCGGGCCAGCGAGCCCACCACGCCUGGCAGUCACCCAGGGAAGGAGCUGCUGCUGAUCCAGGUGAAGGCACCAUCCAGCGAGAGCAUUGGGGCUGACGGGCGGGAGGCCUGGGAGCCCUGA